UUUUUUUUUUCCCUUUCCCCGUUUUUCCCUCUCUUUCUCUCUCCCUUUCGUCGCCGCUCUCACGAUGCACGACGCGUUCCAAGUCCGCGCGGUUGUGGAGAAGCUCCCUCUUGCGAUUGAGGCCGUGACCACCUGGGGCGACAAGAUCAUCCUGUCGACGGACAAGACGCCCCUGCUUGUGUACUCUGUGCCCGGACUCGAUCCCAACGGCAACGUCAUCCCCGGCGCAGACACGACGCCGCAGCUCCUCGAGAGCAAGAAGGCCUUCUCAAAGCGCCCUGCGUCCCAGCUCACCGUCAUCGAGGAGCUCAACCUCCUCGUCUCGCUCUCUGAUGGAAUGGUCUCGGUGCACGACCUGCCGCACUUUUCGCCGCGAUUCAGCCUGGCCAAGACGCGCGGCGCAUCGCUGUACGCGCUGGACGUCCAGACACCGGAAGUGCUGCCGUCGACGCGACCGUCGUCAUCGCGCGGCCAGCAGCAGCAGCAGCAGGCACAGGCUCAACAGCAGCUGCGCGUCAGACUUUGUGUGGUUGUCAAAAAGAAGAUCAUCACGUUCCUCUGGGAAGGCGGCACGUUCGUCGAAGACAAGGAACUAAACACACCGGAUGUUGCUCGUGCAGUCGCUUGGUGCGAGCACUCCCUGUGUGUGGGUUUCAAGAAGGAGUACAAUCUGAUCCAUAUUGAUUCCGGCGCGCUGACCGAUCUCUUCCCGACCGGCAAAUCGGGAGAGCCACUCAUUGCUCGCGUGUCCAACAAGGAGCUGUUGCUGCAAAAAGAUCUCAUCAGCAUCUUUAUUGGUUAUGAUGGCAAACCUACGCGGCGCUUUGGCAUCAGCUGGUCUGACACACCCACUUAUCUCGACCUGGUCCCGCCGUACGCGGUGGCCUUGCUGCCGCGUGGCCUCGAGGUGCGAACUCUGGAAACGCAAAUCCAAGUGCAAACGCUUGAUCUGCCGAAAGUGCAGUUCAUUGCGCAGGGUCGCGGAGUGUUUGCAGCCUCUCCCACGCAUGUUUGGCAUCUGAUGUCCAUGCCACUUCAGAGUCAGAUUGAGCAACUGAUUCAACAAAAAGAGUACGAAGAGGCUCUGAAUCUUGCACAACUUCUCAAAGACGUUUCUGAAGAGCGAAAGCAAGCGCAAGUACGACAAAUCCGAACUCUUCAUGCGUACUCCUUGUUUGAUCAGCACAAGUAUGACGAGUCGCUCGUCAUCUUUACUGAGCUCGAUAUGGACCCGCCCCAAGUGAUUGGUCUCUAUCCGGAGCUGUUGCCCGAGGAGCUUCGUCGACAGAUGAAGUACCCCAUUGCGUUGCCAAAAUUCGAGCGUGGCGAGCUGGAAAAGGCCAAGUUGGCUUUGAUUGAGUUCCUCACCCAAAAGCGCAACCGUCUGAUCAAGGCUGCGGCCGACCCAUCGGCGCAAGACGAAAUGACUCGCAAAGAAGUCAGCCAAAUUAUUGAUACGACUCUACUCAAGUGCUACUUGGACACGAACGCUGCCCUCGUUGGUCCUCUGCUCCGUGUUGAAAACUACUGUCAUGUUGGAGAGUCUGAGAAGAUUUUGAAGCGCAGCGAGCGAUACGCCGAGCUUGUCAUGCUCUAUCAAGGCAAGGGUUUGCAUCGAAAGGCACUGGAGCUUCUUUUCCGCGAGGCUCAAAACCCUGCCAGUGCGCUUCGUGGCCAUAUGCGAACCGUCAACUACCUCCAAAAGCUUGGCGCCGAACAUCUCGAUCUCAUUCUCGAGUUUUCGCGAUGGGUUUUGCUCUUGGCUCCCGAAGACGGCCUCAGAAUCUUUACCGAAGACAUGAAGGAAAUCGAGACUUUGCCGCACGACAAGAUCCUGACCCACUUGGAAGGAUUCGAGACGAUUUUGGAACGUCAAGCCGUGUCGUCGGGAUUCCAAGAGUCUCGCCUUGUGCUCCCUUAUCUCGAGCAUGUCAUUGACAACUGGCACGCGACCGCGACCGACUUUCACAACAAGCGCGUGCUGCUCUACUUGACCGCCGUGCAGGCGCUUCGAAAGGAUACCGAGCCCCGCUCCAACCAACCCGCUGGCACCGAAGCCGGCGCGCUCGGCAUGUAUCGCCGAAAGUUGAUUGCCUUCCUCGAAACCUCGCGGAAUUACAAGCCUCCGAUCAUGCUCAGCCGCUUCCCGACGGAUGACUUGUACGAGGAGCGAGCCUUGCUGCUCGGCCGAUUGAAUCGCCACGAGCAGGCUUUGAACAUUUAUGUGACCAAGUUGAACAACACAUUCAUGGCGGAGCAAUACUGCGCCAAGAACUACAAUCGCGACGUGGAGGGACAGAAAGACGUGUAUUUAUCUCUCUUGAAAGUCUAUCUUCGCACACCGGACGUCUACGGCGAGGGCGCGCCAACGGAUACGGAACCCAUGAUUGAGCAGGCUCUGAGCCUCCUGAUCCACCAUUACAACCACAUCGACACGCCCAAGGCGCUGGAGCUCCUCCCUUCCAACAUUCCCAUUCAAGGUCUCGAGCCGUUCUUUGAGGCGGUUUUGCGUGACCGCACCGAGGCCCGGCGUGCGGCUCAAGUGUUGAAAAACCUGCACAAGGCCGAGCAGCUCCAAGUCCAAGAGCAGUUGAUGCACUAUCAGGCACGCCGUGUCCUGAUUACCGAAGACAAGAUCUGUCCCGUGUGUGGCAAGCGCAUUGCCAACAGUGCAUUUGCUUACUACCCCAACGGCACGAUUGUCCACUACGGUUGCUUGAAGGAUCGCAAUGUUGCUCCAGUGUAAUCUGUUUUUUUUUUCUGUUGAACUGGUCGGUGCUUGGGGCUUUUGUUGGUGUUGGAUGGUUGUUGUGUCUGAAUUGUUUCGUGUUGUAUAUGAACAAACAAGCUUGUGUGCUUCUUUUUGAA